AUGGCGAAGAAAAAGGCGACAGUACGUUUUGCAGACGAUGAAGAUGUGAGACAAAAUCAGCGAAGCACUCAAAGGAAUCGAAAGUUAUCCGUUUCAGCACCUCAACGCGCUUUUUCAGCCAGUGAACUAUCCGAAGAUGAGCGCAUGAUUUUGCAAAGUCGUCGAUCCUCCACUCGAAUUCCAGGAACGCCGAGUCUGAUCGCUCGCACACCUCAACCACUGUUACCCGAAUCCGAGAGAUUCUCUUCAAAUUUGCGUCAACGUCCGUCUAUUGAUCGCUUCCAAGUUGCAGUUAUAAGUCGUACACCUCCACCAUCAACUUCGUUAAACUCAAGACGACGUCAACGAGCACAGUCAAAAUCCGACGAAACUACUCCAAACUAUGAUCGAUCUCAACAAAAACCUCCUGAUCUAACCAAUGAUUCGAAUUUACAAACAAUUAUGAAGUCUGGCAGCUUGGAACCUGAACCACUACUGAACCCAAUGAACUCGACAAACUCAAAAACUCGUAAUAAUGGUCCCAAAACACUGGCAAAUGAUCCAUCACUUCGAGCCAAUGAUGAGAUGAGUGAUAACAAGAUAUCAUCAGUUCAUGCCACACGUUCAAGUUUAUCACCAUUGUCACCUUUACCAGCCACUUACAAGUCGAAACAACAACAGGAUUUCGAUACUGAGUCAGCAGUUGUUGAAUUAACAAAACAACAGCCGAAUAAUCAAUCUCAAGUUGAUUAUGAGGUACUUUUCUUAUCAAUGCGUAUUGAGUUUUGA